AUGGCCCAUAAGCAUCCCAUCCAGAGUGACAACGCUAACUUCGCAGAUUGCCGUCCUUCGGUUGUGUCCCCGCGGAAGUUGCAGUCAGAGGAAUUCACUCCUCCAGACGUCACAAAAGAACCGGGACGACACUCAACGCCCCAACUAGAUAUGGAAAUCAUUGAUCCACCUGCGAAGGCCAUCAGUCGAACCCGUGGCUGGGACGGAAUCAUGUCACCUGAGAGUCGCCUGGCUGCGAAGGCGUUUGUGGAAAAACGGCAGCGCCGAUCCGAGAAAAGCACUCCAAGGACGAUGGCCACGCAGCGGUGGCUCGAAGUCAUCGAUGCCCGAGCCAGCCGGCGUAAAGAUGGUGUGUAG